AUGUCCCUCCAAAAUGUGUGGCAUUUACGCCGGGUGGCCGAGACAGCCGCCAGAGCAUGCAUUAUCUGCUACAAGCCCUCUAGUAGUGUUCUGAUUACUCCCGACAACAAGGACUUUUUCUACGUCUGCCCCGUCCAUUUGCAGGACAGGCAUUUCUGCUCUCCUAUCGUGGAUGCCGAGGAGGCGGAAGCGAAGAAAAAGCAGGAGGCCUUGGCCAGGGAAAUUGAGAAUGUGAAGAAAGAGUAUGAAGAGAAGCAGCGAAGGAAAAAAGAGAAGGAAAAGGAGAAGGGUAAGGGUAAGGGAAAGGAAGACAAGACCGAUGAGAAGGAUCAAGACAAGGAGUCUAAAAAGUCGGGUCAAGAUGGCGAUAACGAGGCCAAGUCAAUGGAGACAGAAAGGGAUGAAAAGAUUGAAUCUAUCAAGAAGGCUGCCUCUCCGUCCGCAACGGAUGACUCGCCUCGUAUUUUUACCUUACACAAAAACUUCUAUCAGAUGCGCAUCGACCGGCUGCGCGGUCUCGAAAUGGCCAAGCGGAACCGCCAACGGUUGCAGGAUCCAUCGCUCUUCCCGGCUGUUCCGUCUGGCGAUCUGUGA